CCUUGUCAUCCUUACAGUGACGAUCAUUUCACCCACAUUUAUUGUCUUGCUGCACAAAAAUUUACAAUCGUAAAAAAAUGGAAACUAAAAUCUUUCUAGUUUCCCUACUAACAUUUGCGCUAAUUUCGAGUCAAAAAGUUUCAGGACCGGAUCGAAUUCCUUGUGACCUUGUCUGGGUUGCUGAUCAGGAUGGGAGGUCCCCCGACCAAAAUAUCGUCGCAUUCAACAGCGACGAUAUCGUGGCAAGAAUUAACAUUUCUGGCCUGCUAAUUCCAGCGCGUCUAGUUCCCGACGAUGGGAAAGCAUACGCCCCACUUCUUUCUGACGGGUCGAUUAUCGAGUCGUCAACUUAUGAAGUUCUGACCAACCCCAAAAACUGCAUCGUCACUUGGGAAGAAUCCACCAUGACGCAAAAUAAUGCCGUAAUUACUUCCGGAUUCGGUAUUGGGCGUGCCCAUUUGGUUGACGAAGAAGGUAACUUUAAUACCGUCGGGGGUGCCAUUGUCGAUGGGAAGGAACUCCAUGUGUCGAUCAAUGGGAAACAGGAAAUUGCUCAAGAGUUUCAAAUCCUCACAUCGGUCUACCCUCUUAUGCACUGUCACCUGUACAAUUUUACCAUAAAACUAGAUCAAAUCACGCCAAACUACGUGCAACAAAUCGAAUCAGAAACCAUCACAAAUUCCGGUAGUGACACGACACAUGAAAUUAAUCAUGGCGGGACAAUUGAACAGCUUUUUCAGCUAACUGAAUCGGGGCUUCAAUGGAAGGGGGUUUCGAACUUGGAUCUGUCCCUAAUUUUUGGCAAUGUUGCAAUAACCUCGUCCGACCAAAUAACUAUUCAAGAUGGUAAAGAUUAUCGAGUAACAAUUAGUCAAAAUCGGGACUUGAGUUUUAAAAAGUCGCUGACCUUGAGACAGGAGGGUGACGAUAACAAAAAACUCUUAGUUUGCUCCGCCGCUAAAAUAUUUAUUGGAGAGGUGCAAUACGAAGCUUGGGGACGCUUUGAGUCGAACGGAAUGGGGGGAGAUGAGAUAAGCGGGAUACUUGCUAAUCGUGGCAGUAACGUCGAGUUUACGAAUGGCCAGAGUGCCGUGGCACCUGUGCGAGGGGUGAUUAAGGGACGAUUUUACAUGGGAAAGAUGACCUCUGUCAUGCCAAUAACGGAUGAAGGUGGAAACUCUUGUCCAUCUAUUUAAUGUAAAGUUACAACUUGAUUCUUGUAAAAAUUAAGCUUUAUAACUUACUUUGAUGCGAAAUAAAAAUUCAUUCAAUUUCAAGUAAAUGUUAA